AUGGAUAACUCUGCUGAUGUCGCAAAAAAAGGUCCUGAGACAAACAAUGCCUGCAAAAGAGCAACAGGUGCAGGUGGGUCCUGUAAGGACACCGAGUCGAAGGACAAGACGGACGUGGAGAUGACGAUGGGGAAACACGUCGGGCUGACCACCGCGGUGUCGCUCAUAGUGGGCUCCGUCAUCGGUUCUGGGAUAUUUAUAUCACCGAAAGGUGUUUUAGAAGACACGGGAUCCGUGGCUCUCUGCCUCAUUGUGUGGACAGGGUCCGGGAUAAUUGCAUUUCUAGGUGGACUGGUGUAUGCAGAGCUGGGCAUGAUUGUGAAGAAGUCUGGAGGAGAGUAUGCUUACAUCCGACAAGCGUUCGGCAACGUCCUCGCAUACCUGUAUGCCUGGACAUCGAUCAUGGUAAUCAAAACGUCAUCAAUCGCCAUUACUAGUCUGACCUUUGCAGAAUAUUUGACCACUUUGUUUGAGAUGUGUGGUCAGUCAGAAAUACCAAAAAACCUCAUUGCUGCCAUUGCACUAGUGACUAUAGCGUUGGUGAAUGGUUACAGCACAAAUUUGGCAGCAAGAGUUCAGAUCGCAUUCACAGUGGCAAAAGUCGGCGCCCUUAUUGUCAUUAUUGUUGGUGGAAUGGUUAAACUGGCUAAAGGCUGGAGAAUGGAGCUGAUGACCGGAUUUGAAGGCACCACGGAAUCUCCUUCCACCAUAGCACUGGCGUUCUAUGGAGCUCUCUUUGCAUACGAUGGAUGGAACAACCUGAACUACGUCACAGAAGAGCUUCAAAAUCCAACAAGAAACUUACCGCUAGCUAACAUCGCCGGUAUUCUGUUAGUAAUGGUCAUCUACAUCCUUACCAACAUUUCCUACUACUCAGUCAUGACCAAGCAGGAACUUCUGGAUGCACAGGCCGUUGCUGUGUUAUGGGCUGACAGAGUUAUCGGUGCUGCGGCAAUAAUUAUUCCAAUCUCCGUUAUGAUAUCUACAUUUGGUGCUGCCAAUGGUUCAGCGUUUUCAACAAAUCGAAUUGUGCAUGUGGCUGCACGCGACAAGAACCUGCCAACGAUUUUGUCCUACAUACACUACAAGAGACGCACCCCUCUACCCUCCAUUAUAUUCACCUGUCUAGUAGCUCUGCUGAUGAUCAUUCCGGGAGACAUCGCUAGUUUGAUCGACUUCUUCAGCUUCACGUCUUGGCUCUUCUAUGGUCUGACGUUUAGCUCGCUCGUCGUGCUUAGGUUCACUAUAAAGGACGUUCAAAGACCAUACAAGGUUCCAUUCCCAUCAUGA